AUGAUGAAUAUAAGCAAAACUUUAAUCAGCAGAGUUGCAUUUGCUAAUAAACUUCCUCAAAGCUUCCUGUUUAGACUAUACUUCGCGAAUGCUAGAACUUUCUCAACUCAAUCAUCAAACAAGAAUUUAUUGAACUUAGAACUUAUAAAUAACCAGAGAAGAUUGAUGUCAGUAGCAUAAUAGCAAGAACAAUCAUAAGAUCCUGCCACUGAUUACACUCAUCAGACUGAGGAAUAGAAAGUUUAUAAGGAUAUUUGCCAGUAUGAAGUGACUAAAAGAAUGAAGACUCAUUUCCCAGGUCUUAAAUUAGGAAGAUUCCCCUAAAGAGUACUCAGUUUAGAUUUUGAGAAAGACAUUCUCACUGCUGAGAAAAAGUUGAUGGACCAAUUUGGCUUUGUGAAGGAGGAAAUAAAUUACAUUAUGAGAUACAAGCCAGCUUUUAUUCUAUUCGAACAUAAUCAGGAUGAAGGCAUGAGUGUCAUCUUCAAAGUAUUUGUAGAGUAAAGAAAAUUUGAACUUGACGCAGUAAGAACUCUUGUAGUAAAAUACCCAUAUAUUUUGAGCAAGAGCGAGAAAUAACUUAAUAAAUACUUUGAGACUAUGAAAUCAUGGAAUAUUGCAGACAGGAAUGCUAUGAAGUAGCUUGUGGAGUGCCCUAAACUUAUCAGUUAAGACCUUGAUCAUAAAAUCAAAGAAAUCUCUUUCUUAUUGAAUCUAUAUCAUGGUAUUUCUGACUCUUAAGUUAGAACUAUAUUUAUGCAUUUCCCCUAUUUGCUCUGCUGUGAUCUAGAUAAGGUCAAGUAAUUCAUGGGAGAGUUUAAGAAAUACAGAUUUACCAAGGAGUAGGUUGUAAGAGUUGUAAGUAUAUCUAGAUCAUUUAAUAAUGUUUAGCUAAAAUAAAGUGGUGGUAUUCUUGCAAGUAGAGUUGGAAACUUCAAAUAAUUGUUUGAUUACUGUAGAAAGGAAUUAGAUAUUCCAGCAAAAGAUGUGGUUGAAAUCAUUGAUGCCUUCCCUGAGUUCAUCUUCUAAAAUAAGAGAAAUCUAUUACAAAAGAAGGUCGAGCUAAUCUAGAAGCACAGUAAAUGCAGUGUAAUUUAUCUAAGAACACUUAUUAAGAGACAUCCUGAUCUUUUCCUUAAAUCUUGGGCCAGUUUUGAUGCUAAAGUAAACUAUAUCAGCAAACAAUUGGGACGAUAACUAAAGAAUGAGAAGACUUUCCCUAUGCUGCUUAUGUUUAAUUACCAAGAUGUACUUAAACCAAGAUGCGAACUACUCAAAGAAUCACAGCAAUAUUAUUAAUUCGAAGAUGUUCUGCCUCUAACGGACGAGGCAUUUUGUGAAAAAUUCAACUUCAAUCCAAUUGAAUUGGAGAAAAAGAAAGAUAUCAAUAAGAUAAGAGAGGAGAAAGAUAUCUUAUGGGCAUAUGUUCCAGGGUUGUGA